GGUUGUUUGAGGCGGAGAGAAAACAGCGGCGGGAGGGGAAGUGUCCGUCUCGGGUGGCCGCGCUCUGAGGGCCGAAGCGAAGAGGAAAGAAGGGCUCCAUCUUGGGACCAUUCUUAGGGGGAGAAGGGGAGGAAGGCAGCCAUGGCUCCCCCGAAGAAAGGGGACUUGAGCGAGGAGGAGAAAGAGCUGCUGGAAGUCAUUGGGAAAGGGCACAUUGAAGAAGCUGCAAGACUACUGGGCAACAAGAAUGUUCGUGUGAAUUGUUUGGAUGAGCAUGGCAUGACGCCUCUUAUGCAUGCAGCAUACAAGGGGAAAGUUGAUAUGUGCAAACUGCUGUUGCAACAUGGAGCUGAUGUAAAUUGCAAUGAACAUGAACAUGGAUAUACUGCCCUGAUGUUUGCUGGUCUUUCUGGGAACAAAGAAAUUGCCUGGAUGAUGCUAGAGGCUGGAGCAGAUACAGAUGUUGUGAACUCAGUGGGGAGAACAGCAGCCCAGAUGGCUGCCUUUGUGGGUCAGCAUGACUGUGUGACAGUUAUCAACAAUUUCUUCCCUCGGGAAAGACUAGACUAUUAUACAAAACCUCAAGGACUAGACAAAGAGCCUAAAUUGCCUGUAAAGUUAGCUGGACCUCUGCAUAAGAUCAUUACAACUACCAAUUUACAUCCUGUGAAGAUAGUGUUGCUAGUGAAAGAAAAUCCACUUCUGGCAGAAGUAGAAGCAAUGCAGAAAUGCUACAAAGUGUUGGAUCUGAUUUGUGAGAAGUGCAUGAAGCAGAGAGAUAUGAAUGAAGUACUGGCCGUGAAAAUGCACUACAUUAGCUGCAUUUUCCAGAAAUGCAUUUUGUUUCUUAAGGAACGAGAAGAUAAACUGGAUGGAUUAAUUAAAAGCUUACUAAAAGGCAGAGAUAAAGAUGGCUUUCCAGUAUAUCAAGAGAAGCUCAUCAGAGAAUGUAUUCGAAAAUUUCCUUACUGUGAAGCUACCUUGCUCCAACAGCUAGUGAGAAGUAUUGCUCCAGUUGAAAUUGGAACUGAUCCUACAGCUUUUUCUGUCCUAACACAAGCCAUAACUGGACAAAUGGGAUUUGGGGAGGCUGAAUUUUGUACAGCAUGUGGGGAAAAAGGUGCAGCCAAAAGAUGUUCAGUAUGCAAAAUGGUGAUCUACUGUGAUCAGAACUGCCAAAAAUUGCACUGGUUUGCACACAAAAAAGUAUGCAAGAUGCUAAAAGAGACCCAUGAGAAGCUGGAGCUGGAAGCUGCCAAAGAAAGGAAGGAGGAAGAAGAAAUGCAAAAGAGAGAGGCAAUUCAAGCCACAGAAUCAGCUUUAGCAAGCGAAGAACAGUUGGUUUCUGAAUCUGGGGAUAAUAAAGAAGGAGAACUAAAUUGUGGUGAAGACAGAACUGAACAGACGAUUCCUAGCAAAGAGACAUCUGCAGCCAUUCCUCAAGCGGACAGUGUCUUUGAAGCGGAUAUUAAUUUAGAAGAUAUUGCAAUUGCAAAACCACAAGAAUCGGAAGAGUGAACAACGCUUCUCUGAGGUGUCCUCUAAACCCUAGUUUCAUGACACAUACGGACCAUGAGUUAUUGUUAAAAUUCUCACUCCAACAUAUUUUAUGGACCACCAUAUGUUAGCUUGUUUGUCCACUGCAACUCCAUUAUACCAACCUAGAUUGUGAGAACAAGCACUUAACCAACUGGCUAAAAUUGUAAUAGCAUGCCCAUCUGUGAUUGCACCUAUGUGAAGCAACAAAAUUUUCUUGAAGCUAAAAGAAAGUUGAGUGCAAACUAAAAUGUCUAUAUUCAGUCAAAGCAAUGUAUCUCAGUUAAAAUUAUCUUCAGCUUAGGAUAAAAUACAGUUCAGAUAACUGCUGUAAUUGUGUUACUGUGUCUGCUGCAACAGCCGAAGGUAAAAAAGUGCAGGGUUAUUACCUAGGUUUUGAGAAUGAAUUUUUACUACAUGUCUUGUCUCCAUUAAAGAGUGCUGCUAUUCAA